UUCAUUCACAAUGCGGCGUUGUAGUGUAGAUUUGGAUGAUGUACUAGAAGAAUUGGGAGAACUAGGAACUUUUCAAAUUUUAACAUAUGUUCUAAUAUCUCUACCAGUACUGUUUUGUGCAGCCGGUGGUAUGAGUUAUGUCUUCACAGCUGGAGUUCCGGAAUAUAGGUGUUUCAUACCAGAAUGUGAGGAUCAACUGGAUACAUCCUACAACGUGUCAUGGAUGAAAUGGGCUAUUCCUAAUAAGAUUUCUGAAGACCAAGUUAUCGGAGUAAAAACUGAUUCCUGUUCAAGAUAUGUUCAUGAAAAUGAUUCUUCUGAAUUCCACAGCACUGUUUGCACAGAAAAAUCUUUUACGAAUACCACUGUGGCAUGCUCGGAAUUGAUUUUCGACGAGAACGAGAGGACAAUCGUUAAUUCUGCCAACAUGAAUUAG